UCAAGUGUGAGGCAUCUGAUUAAAAAGUUUGAAAGUUAAAAUGACAAAGGUGAGAAAUAGUGGUAAUGGUAAGAAAAACAAUGGUAUUUUGAGGCUUAGGUUAGUCCUGGAGAGAUUGCAAAAGAGUCUUUUCUUAGCCAAGAAAAGACAAGAGUCGUAUUCGAGCCAAGAUAUGGUCCCUAAAGACGUGAAAGAAGGUCACUUUGCAGUGAUAGCAUCCGAUGAUUAUGUCGAAAGGAGAUUUGUUAUUCCUAUCACAUACCUCGGUCAUCCGUCAUUUCUAAGACUCUUGGAGCGAGCCGCCGAAGAGUAUGGUUUUGACCAUGAAAGGGCACUUAUGAUACCUUGUAGACCUAGUGAGCUAGAGUGGAUGCUAGAGGAACAAAUCGGGUCUCAAGAUGGUGCAGAUUGGACUUCAUGUAAAACUAUGGUGGAAAGUUGUUGAAAUUGUGAACAAAAUGAUUUCAUCACAACUGCAAAACCUCAUUAAAGGGUUUUCGGGUGCACCGAAAAGUUUUACAUGCGUGUAUGUAAUAUUACUUUUCUUCGGUUUACAUUGUUGGAGAAUGGUGAUCUAUUGGUCACUUCUUGUGCUUUGCUACUAGGGCAUUUUUAUGUUUGGAUAUUACAGAGAGUUCAAAAUAAGCAAAUCGCACGUGUUGUUCAACGGAUCAAAACAAACUAAAUUUGAAUACAGAGAAAAUGAGUCAACUCGGGCCGGCUCACCAACCACUUUUACCAAUUUAUUUUUAAGUUUCAAAAAUAGUUUUUGACUCAAAUAUAAUUAUUAUGUUCUUACUUAGUUACUUGUAAAGUUCGAAAACCAAUGCGCU